GAAUACUUAUAAUUUUAGAGAUAUUAACUGAUUUGGCGUUAAGACGAUUUUCAGUUCUUGUACAAGCAAUUGGGUCCAUUUCCAUCUACAUGUAAUAUACAGGUGCAUGUCGUUUGACUUCUUUGAGUAAUCAUGCCGGACAGCAAUCCAGUGAACGAUCAACGUAUAUCUUUAUUUUUAAGAAAACUUUGGACUUUAGUUAACAGCCCAGAUACAGAUCAUGUAAUAAAAUGGAGCAAAGAAGGAGACAGUUUUAUCAUAAAUAAUCAAGUAGAAUUCUGCGACGUACUUCCUAGAUACUUCAAGCACAACAAUUUCAUGAGUUUUGUGAGGCAAUUGCACAUAUAUGGUUUCAAUAAAAGAAUAUCUGAUAUUGAUCAUACUUCCAAUCAUGGAACAAGCUGUGAAUACGCACACCCAUACUUCAUGAAAGACCAUCCUAGCUUGCUAUUGUCAAUAAAGCAAAAAAGAGGAGAUAAAGUGCAAAGUAUAAAACCUGAUAUUGAUUCAGUUGAUGCAAUUAGCACGCUUAUAAAAGAGGUAAACCAAAUAAAAGACAAAAACAAAAUGCUUGAUUCAAAAUUUAUGGCCAUGAAACAUGAAAAUGAAUGUUUAUGGCGAGAACUCGCGGUUACCAGACAAAAACAUAUGAAACAACAGAGAAUUUUAAAUCAACUAAUACAAUUUCUUGUUACUCUAAGACAACCGAGUAGCAGCAAUACAUUAUGCAGGGAAGUAAAUACCAAUGGCAGGUAUGUUCUUCCUAUAAUGCACCAUAAGCCAUCUGAAAAAGCAAAUUCAAGUAAAACAUUUAGUAACUCAAAGUUUAAACCAUCUACUUCAUCUGGCCCGGUAAUUCAUGAACUAGAUCCUACUGAUGUUUUGCACAUGAGUGACGAUGAAUAUAACUCUGGGGCUAUUCUAAAAGAAGUCGUUGAACCGGAAGGUAUGGUUUUAAGCCCUAGCAAUAUGUCACAAAUGUUAAGCAGUCCUUGUAGUUCGACAGCUGAAGAAGUUUUUGCACCAAAUGAAAUUACAAUUAGUUCUCCGCUAGACGAUUUGAUCAGGGAAGUUUCCGUGUCUCCGACUGAAGAAUUACUAGAACCAAAAUCGGCGUUUGUUCCUAUUGUUCCUGCAAAACCAGCUGCACUUAAACCGGCUAACGAAACUUUGAAAGCACCUGGAAAAAGAACAAAACAAAAUACUACAGCUAAGAAAAAAACAAAUAAAUUCAAUGAUUCAAACAGUUUUGAUAUUGGAUCUUCAGUUAAGCCAUAUAUUAUCAAAGUAGAACCUAAGGGUAACGAUCCACCAGUCAUAUCAAUCCCCGAAAUGAGUUUUGAGGAACCAGAGGUGACAAUAUCCGAUGAAAACGUCUUGUGGAAUGAAAUGUCUUUAGAGAGUAAUAAUAUGCAGUUAGCUCAUCCAGAACCAAGGCAAGUUCUACCAUGUCCUGAUGGCAAUCCUAUUGCAUCAAGUUUACCUAAUGUCCACGAAAAAGAAAAUGUUAGCAAGCACAUAGAUUCUGUUCAAGCCGAUUUAGAAAAUAUUCUGAAAGGAUUAAAUGAUAAGUACACGUUUGAUGCUAACAUGUUUUUGAAUUUUAUCAGUGAUGACCCGAGUAAUUUGAAUUUGCCAAUUACACCGGAGGAACAAUUACUUAAUGAUGCCAAGAAUGAAUUAAACGUAACACCUGACAAUCAAAUUGUAUCGUGUAUGUCACCAAACACUUACGACUUGAAUGAUUUAAUAACUGCAUCAGCUGAUUGGUCAGUACCCAACACUCCAGUAUCAUUUGACACAUCAGCUGGAAGUAAUGACGGUCUGAAUACCCCAGUCUUGGGUGAUCCUAUGUUAAACGCCGACUCAUAUUUUGCAGACAUCACCACACCCACAAAUUCAUCAACCAAAAAGUAGUUUUAAGUAUAUUAUUAUUAAUGUGAUAGUUUUCCUUUCUCUCUCUUUUAGUUUAAUUUGUUUUUGUUAAUAAUUAUGUUAUGACAUCUAAGGUUUGUAACUGCUACAAUGAACAAUCCCUUCGGUAUAAAAUGGUUUCCUCUGAUUAGUUUGUUAAUAAAAACCCACAUUGAUUGUUUGUUUUUAUUAUUAAUAUUAUUGUCAAUCAUAUAUAUAUUUUUUAAUUUAUAAUAUUCAUUAUGUAAAUUUUACAUAUUAUGUGAUUAGUUGUAAAAUAUAUAACGUUAAGUGUCAUAAAAGAAAAUGUUAUCAAAUAUUACCUCUUUGUUGUUGAAACAAAACUAUUAAUUUAUAAUCAUUUUUUUUUUGUUUUAACUCUUUAAAUCC